ACAGACCUCUGACCUCUCCACACUGCGUGGGAUACUGGGAUCGGAGCUAGCUAGCUAGAGGCCGCCACGCCAGUUAUAGUUUCCAAGCAAGCUCGUAACCUAGCUACUAGCUAGCUAGCCAUGGCUGCAUUGCUUUGCAGCCCCAACAAGCUCCGGCGAAGCGUACUUCUCGUCGGCGUAGCGCUGAUGCUAGGGAUGCACCUGAGCGCGGCGACCAUGGACAAGGACAUCGAGCUCAUCUGGGGCGCAAGCCACACCUACUUCUUCAUGGACGGCGAGACCGAGUCGCUGGCGCUGUCCCUGGACGACCAGCAGGGCUCCUGCUUCCGGUCCAAGGACAUGUACCUCUACGGCACCAUCAGCAUGGAGAUCAAGCUCGUCGAUGGCAACUCCGCCGGCGUGGUCGCCACAGCCUACACGAUCUCCGAAGGCCCCUGGUCGUAUCACGACGAGAUCGACCUGGAGUUCCUCGGCAACGAAACCGGGCAGCCAAUCACGCUCCACACCAACAUCUUCGUCAACGGCGUCGGCGGCCGGGAGCAGCAGUUCUACCUCCCGUUCGACCCCGCCGCCGACUACCACACCUACACCAUCGAGUGGAACCCCAAGUACAUCCUGGCCAUGCACACGCACUAUCAUUCCGAUGAGAGAUCUGCAGGAUCAAAGUGGACGGGAAGGCGAUCCGCGCGUUCAAGAACUACGAGGAGUACGGCGUGGCGUUCCCGACGUGGCAGCAGCAGCGGGUGUACGGCAGCCUGUGGGACGCGGACGAGUGGGCGACGCAGGGCGGGCGCGUCAAGACCGACUGGUCGGAGGCGCCCUUCGUCGCCUACUACCGGAACUACACCUUCGCCUGGUGCCAGCCGUCGCCCGGCGUGUCGUGGUGCGGCGCCGAGCCCAAGGACUCGGCGCGCUUCGACCUGGACCAGCGGACGCUGGACGACCUGCGGGCGGCGAGCGACCAGUACAUGGUCUACGACUACUGCUCCGACCACAAGAGGUUCAACGAGUCCGAGUUCCCCACAGAAUGCUCGCUGCAACGACAGGGGAUAUGAUGGAUCGAUCGAUCGAUCGCGCGCGUGCGCGUUUGCUUUGUUGGUGACCAGGGCCAAUUCAUCUGUUUGACAGCGAGCUCGAUUUUCCGCUGAUCGAUCACUACUAGGUUUUGUACAUCUGAUGAGCACAGGAACGAGUGUAGUACAGUUUUGAUUCUUUAUUAGAGAUCGGUGAUGAGUUGCUGUUAUGCUCUUCUCCGAUCCGGCGGCUGCUUCACUAGCUUGCUUCUCGGGUCAGAAUUAUCAUGGUCGUUUCUCUGACAGAGUGGUGCUUUUGUUUUAGCAUUGGUUCGUCGUCAUCAUGUAAUAAAACCCAAUGGAUAGCAUCCACAUUUUAUUGUUCCGAUUCCGAGAAAUUAAACUCUAUUAUUGCUGAUGAAUA